UCAGAGCGCGCCUCUGGCGGUGUGUCCUGUCCUCGAGAAGGUCGCGUUUCCGGCGCUGGGCGAGCGGCGCUCGGGAUGGCUGGCUACACCCCCGACGAGAAGCUGCGGCUGCAGCAGCUGCGCGCCCUGCGGCGCCGCUGGCUCAAGGACCAGGAGCUGAGUCCGCGCGAGCCCGUUCUGCCCCCGCAGAAACUCGGGCCAGUGGGCCGCUUCUGGAAGCGCUUCCUGCAGCCGGGCUCCUUCUGGCGGCUGCAGACUUUCAAGCUGUACAGAGCUGCUGUAUAUACUGUAGGUUGGCUCCUUAUUCCUGCCUGGAUUGUUCACUACUAUACCAAAUACCAUAUAAUGAAAAGGCCAUAUGGUGUUGUUGCAACGAAGCACAACAUAUACCCAGGUGACAAAAUUCAAGAGACAGGAGAAAUACUCCCACCAUUCGAAGAAGAGCCUACUGGUCAUCACUGAAGGUUACAAACUCUAGCUUUGUUCCUAUAAAAAGUGUUAAAUAUUUCCAGAUAUGUAAAACAAUAAAGUUGCUUUCAGGAAA